AGUUUGCAAACAGUAGGAAUUUUUUAGGUUAGCAACAGUUUCAUUAAAAUUUGCCCGUUUGAAUUACAUUCAAACUAAAUCAACCUCAUAUUAUGGACGACUUGGUAAUUGGCAUUGAUCUGGGUACCACAAAUUCCUGUGUUUCGUUAUAUACAAAAGGUAGAACAAAAAUUCUAGAAAACGAAAUAGGCGGAAGAAUCACACCUUCCUUCAUUUACUUCACGCCUGAUGGAGAAAUCGUCAUCGGAGAACAUGGUAAAAACAUGUCUGUUCAUAAACCAGAAAAUGGAAUUUAUGAAAUGAAGCGGUUGGUGGGACGACAGUUUGACGACCCACAACUGCAAGAGAGUUUGAAGUAUUUUCCUUUCAAAGUAACAGCGAGCUCUUCAAACUUUCCGCUGGUUUCUGUUAAACAAAAAUCGGUUAUAUUGAAAAAAUCUCCUCAAGAAUUAUACACAGUACUACUGAAAGCGCUAAAAAAAUAUACUGAAGAAAAACUCAAACAGACUGUCAACAAAGCGGUGAUAACUGUCCCUGCUUAUUUCAACGUUGCCCAAAGAGAAACCACUUUGGAGGCGGCAAAAGACGCCGGAUUUACAGUCCUAAAACUAUUAAAUGAACCUACUGCUGCCGCUUUGGCUUACUAUUCUGAGAAUGACAUCGAAGAAACUCAUCGUUCUUUGGUAUACGAUUUAGGAGGUGGCACUUUUGAUGUUGCAGUUUUAGAGAAGCGUUUCGAAAAGAUAGAAGUGAUUUGCGUAGCUGGAGAUACUCAGUUAGGAGGACAUGACAUUGACACUUGUCUUUUGAACUACGUUUAUCGUGUACUUCGAUCCCAAUAUGGCUACGACCCCGAAGCUGAUCCCGACGACAAAAGAAUAUUACGCAACAAAUGCGAAAACGCGAAAAAAGAUCUAUCAACUGUUGAGAAUACCGUCAUCGGCAUCAACGGAAUGGUCUCGAAACAUCCAAAAAUCAAAAUAAGUCUGACAAAAGGUGAGUUCGAAGCGAUGGCGGACCACUUAUUUAAAAAAACGAUAGUUAUUCUUGACAAAUGUUUACAAAGUUCGAAAAUUUCGAAAGGAUCAAUUCAAGAAAUUAUUUUGUGUGGCGGCUCGACCAGAAUACCGAAAAUACAGAAACUUGUUUCUGAUUAUUUCGAUGGAAAAGAAUUGAACAAGUUUGUACAUCCGGAUGAAUGUGUGGCUGAAGGAGCCGCCUUACAAGCGGCCAUGUUUUCGAUGAGUGAAAAGCAAAAAAUCGAUGAACUUCGGAUGGUUGAUGUCCUUCCUCUUUCCAUAGGCACUUCGGACCACAGCUUGUGUCAUGACAUGUCGUUUUUAAUCAAGAGAGGUACGAAGCUACCUACGAGUGUAACCCGUGAUUUCGUAAACACAGAAACUGAUGAAACCACUUUUACAUUUGACAUAUAUGAAGGAGAACGUUUAGAUAUUAGAAAAAAUCGCUACUUAGGCGAAGUGUUACUAAGUGAUAUAGAAUCGGCCCCACCUUAUCAGAAAAAAGUCACUCUUACUUUGCUCAUCGACCAAAAUGGUAUACUGACGAUCGAAGCCUCAGAAACAUUCCGGAAUAAUUCAAAGACGGUAAAAGUGAAUUAUACCCGCGGAGACAGAAGUGAUCGGGAGAUUCAAAAUUCUCUGCUCGACGCUGCAGAAAACCAAAAAAAUGAUGAAAAAUUUAUACGUUUUGUUCGGUACAAGAGAUAUUUAAUUCAAUAUUGUGUAGGAGUAACGUGCAACUUGGAUGAAAAAAUGUUAACAGAUAGAUACAAAGAAUUAUAUAACUUUUGUAAAGUAACUAAGAAGAUGGCUGAAACUUUAGAAAUGAAUGACGAAGUUCGCACGAAAGAAAUGAUAGCCGAAUGUGAACGACGAUGUGAAUCCAUAGUAACAAUGUAUGAUUUUAGUUAUAUGCCCAGAGACUUUGGUUUUUUAAAAAUCUUGUAAUUUGGAUUUUGUAAACACUUAUGAACGAACCAAAAAAAUCCCUUAAACAUAUUUAAAAUAUUGAAAAUUUGUGCCUUUAUUGAUAUUUAAUAAAAAAAAAUACAUCAAA